GUUACUACGUACGGGCAGAGCUAAAAACAGAAUCAGUGUCUUCUUACUCUUCGUAUAGAAAACAAAAAAAACCUUCCCACAUACUGACUCCCUAACUUCAUCCUUCUGCACAUCCAGCUGUGCUCAGCACAGUCUGGUAGCCUCACCUCUCGAUUCCUUCAGUUCAGAGACGGUUAUAAAAUUAAUAAAAGCAGGAACAAGGGAACUGAGGAAUGCUUCUGGUGCAAAAGAGAAAGAAAAUCAUCAGGAUGUUCACAACAAAAUAUAAUCUUUCAUUGAGGAGUUUGGGACAUGGUAGAAUUCUGCUUCGAUGCCCUUGGAGAAACCCCGCCUCGCAUGGUGCUUUUAACGCCGCCGGCCUUUUACAGGCGGGUUUGGCUGCCGUUCGCUGAUCGCGGGAAUGAAAGCAAAGGUGUCCGGAGGCAGCAGCGUCCGCCUUCCAGACCAGGUCCCACCACCUUCUGCAGGGCUGUAUUUUGAGCCUGAACCAGUUUCUUCCAUGCCCAGUUAUUUUCAACCCCCAGAAUUUUCCAGCUGUGUUUCUUGUGAAGAAAACACAAGCUGCCUUGACCAGAUCUUUGAUUCCUACCUUCAGACAGAGACACACCUGGACCCUUCGCUCAAUUCCACGCAAAGUACUCCACACUAUUUCCCUGACAGCUUCCAAGCCGCCCCUUUCUGCGUUAGCCAGAGCCUGACCCCAGGAUCGCCUUCCGAUUCCUCCACUGUCUCCGGUUCCUUUGACUACAGUUACUCGCCGGCUCAGCUACCGUCAUAUGCUCCGGAGAAUUACAGUUCUCCCCCCUCUCUGGACACCAGGAACUGUGGCUACCCCUCAGAGGACUCCUCCUACACCCACGUGCCCUCAUACGCCCCCUACGACUGCUUCUCCUCGGCCGGCACCUCCGUCUGCUACUGUGCGUCGUGUGAGAUGGAACACUUGGAUACCAUCAGGGCGUCGGAGUGCUUUUCCUAUCCCAGCUCAGACUAUGUGAACUUUGCCCCCUCCGCAGCGGCCGCCAGUGAUUUAUAUAAGAGAGGGACAAACUGUGACAUCUGCUACAGUUAAUGGCAGUUAUAGUAAUUCGGAACAUGGCAUGCCUAUCCCUGUUUUUCGGCCGCCCCAGAUGACGACUCAAAAUAUACAACCUGUUGACAAAAUGUCACAAGUCCAGUUUGUAUGUCACCAUUUUCAAGUUUCCGAUGCUCACUGAGGCAUUAAUUAAUACGAAGUCCUCAGACCUGGUCACUGUGUCACUCCUACUCUGUAUGCGUACAGUUAACAUUUUUGUAGGGAAU